UGUAGAGACAAAUCUUUGCCGAUGGUUGAAGCCUGGCAUCGAGGCUGGGCCGUUUUCUUAGGCGAAUUUAUCUCUUGCCUCUCAGAUCUUCUCUCACACACUCUCGCAUAUCCUCACUUUCCUCCAAAUUGAAAGAAAGCCGUCCAGAUCCACUCGCCAACUCUUCCUGGUGACGGAAUUUUCGGAAUCACCCUCGUUGAUCUCAUCCUUACACCCCAAACCACGGGAUUUAUCGUUUUAGCAUUCUUUACAUUUUCUGCAUUCGCGCUUCUUCUCUCAAGUCGGUCGUUGUUCCCUCAUUCUAGCUCGCUUGUCUCACACAAAGCGGAAACUGCUCAAACUUUAUGCCUGUCUAGCUUCGCUCAAAGCGUCCUUCAAGAUGGGAGCUGCCUUUUUCAAUUCCUGGAAACUCUGGCAGAAAAUGACCUUUGUCCUCGGGGUUGGUCUUGUUCUUGUGAUUAUCUAUGGGCUAAUCAUAUUAUAUCGCAAUCGCUGGCGCGUUCGAAAGUACAUGGCUCUUGAAGAAGCUCAGAGAGUUGAUUUAGAACGUGCCAGGCAGACGCGAACCAUAAUCAAUCUCAACGGCGAACGGUUGCCAUUUGGUGUCAGAGCUCUCGAAGCAGGAAUCGUGACUGAAGGCGUCAUUGUGUCCCCUAAUGUCACUCCUGUUGUCACUCCGACAGCUUCGGUUGCGACUACUCCAACAGCCAGCAUCCGUGCCAGUUCCACGGUGACCCCUUCCGAUUUUACCUCAUCUUCUCGAGAUGAUCGAGACUCUCUCCCAUCUCGUUCUCGGCUCUCGCAACUGCAAGGCGGCCGUAAUCUUUCUUCCGGCACACUUAGUUCGGCUUCCUCGACUACUGCCUCAAUUUCUGAAAAGCGCGAAUCGGCUCAUGCUUCCCCAGCCCAGGGAGACCCGAAAACAUCUUUGUCGAGAUCCAAAGCUUGCCGUUACCACCCACGUCACUACUCUGAGCUGCGCCACAGCAGCGGCAUUACACGUAACCAGGAAGCUCUUCAAGCCCUCGAAGGAAAACAGGGGCGCUUCAAGAAUUUUACAAAGUUUGUUAAGGCACCCCUCCGCUACCAAGGCAACAAGUACGGACCUGCUAGCACCAGUAAUGGAAUUACUUCAGUGGUUGCUCUCUCGUCUUCUCCAAAUGCUGCAUCGCCUCCGCCUAGAUUUUCCUUUGAAUCUUUCUCUGAAAAAAAUGGCAUUCACAAAUCCUCUGAAAUCGAAGAGGUUGACCUCGGACUACUUCAUAACCACCGAAUUUCCCAUGCUGCUGAGGUUGGGCAACUGGUCCCAAGGUUUCGCAAACCCACUGGUGAUGGCGUUUCCGAUAGAAUUGCUUCUGGUGUCUCCUCGGCCCCUGGUGUAGAUGGGUAUUCUAUCGGCCCUCAGACUUUACCUAGUACCAGCUUGAAUGUCAUUUUCGCUGCUUCGGGCUUCAACCAGACUCUUUCAGGCUCGGGGCAAUCUUUCCCAUCGAAGACUGGUGGGCUUGAAGCCUACAAGUUGGAAGAUCUGGCUACCUCUUCGCUUCCGUCUGCUGGUCCCGAAGCCCAUGAUGCUAUCAAUUUGCCAAAGGAAGUGAAGAAGGGAGCCAGCCAUGCUUCGACUAUUCUUCGACGGGUGAACUCUGGCUUUGAGAUCCUUGUGCCAGGCACUCUCGAUUUGAAUGAUGCACACUGCACUGAUUCCGCGGAUGCAUUGCUUGGGGCAAAGACCAAAGAGGAUGACGCUCCCAAAAAGCUUCAAAAGAAAAUGCCGAUGGCUCGCGAGCGGUCUUCCAGUUUUGUUGAACAUCUUUGAUGGUUGCUUUGAACUUGGAGCAGACGAGCACAGUUAUUGACCGGAAAUGCAAUUCAACCAGUGGCUUCUCGGCAUGUCGAUUUGCUGUCCGAUCAUCUCUAUUUUCUCGGUCUUGUUUUCAACACCUGCAUCAUCUCAUUGGCAUUGACUGAUCCUUCAUCAACCUUGUAAAUGCGGGUGCAUUAGCUUCUGUUGCGUCAACUUGUACAUGAAAAACGUCAAACUCGCAUUCGGCUUAUUCAAUUUGCUUCGCGAUUGAGGGAAACGUACAUAACAGCGGACCGUUUUUCGUCAAUUCCGCAUUCUGCAAGAUAUCCAUUGAGGUUUCCCGGCCGGCGUUCUGAUUUAUAUGAAGUUUUAAUAUUUGACUCUUUUCAAAUCUCUU